AUGGAGCGCGAUCGUCGGGAGUGGCAGUGUGAUCCGAGUGCGCGCAUGCAGAACACGCUGAGAAUGGCUGUGGCGCAGGAAGUGAAUGCAGCUGUCCCGAUUAACCGCUAUUACCGAAGUCUGAACGAGAUGUAUCGUGUUGCGGGCUUUUGCGUGGAAGACAAGGAUUAUGAGCGGGCCUUCAUAUACUACAUGCGCUUCGUGAGCUUAGCAGUGGAGGAGCUGCCGAAGCACAAGCAGUAUGACGGCUUCUCGUCGGUUGAGAAGAACAAGGCGGAGGCGUCGUUGCGAGAUGCUGUUCUGAAGGCGGAGGCAUUAAAGGAGCGCCUGAAAAAGAAAUACGAAGAGGAAGCUGUUAUUUGGGCUAAAAGAGCUGAAGCUGCUGCUGCUGCUGCUGCUGCACUGGUAUUAUUCGUUUUAUAG